AAGGAGGAUUUCUCAGAUUCCAUGGAUGAUAAUUUUUUUGUAUUGUGAUUUCAGGCUUUCUCCGAUUCAAUCAUUUCUUUCCCUGAAGCUUGUUUUGCUCUUUUCAUAUUACUCAGAUUCAGAUUGCUCGUUCUUCCGUAUCCAAUUAAGUUUUCACCAAAUCUAUUUUGGACCUUUUACAGCGAAAAAAACUCUUGUUAAUUAGUUCUUACAUGACUCAUUUCGGUUUUGGCGAAACACUAUCUUUUGGAGGUUCAAACCAUGGAUUGGGCCACCUAGUUGUUCCGUUUCAAACCACUACGAGUUCCCUGAGGGUCUUGCUUCUGCAUGGAAACUUGGAUAUAUGCGUAAAAGGGGCUAGAAACCUGCCCAAUUUAGAUAUGUUCCAUCAGAAAAUGGGGGAUAUGUUUUCCAGAUUACCUGGAAAACUUGGCCAAAAAAUUCAAGGGCAUGUGUCCAACACAAUCAUUACUAGUGAUCCUUACGUGACUGUAUCUCUGGUGGGUGCUGUAAUUGCAAGGACAUUUGUAAUCAAGAACGAUGAGAACCCUAUCUGGAUGCAGCAUUUCUAUGUUCCUGUAGCACAUCAUGCUGCAGAAGUACACUUUGUGGUAAAGGAGAGCGAUAUUGUGGGUUCACAAAUCAUGGGUGCGGUUGGAAUUCCAGUGGAACAGUUAUACAAAGGCGCAAAAGUUGAAGGGUCAUUUCCAAUCCUUAAUUCUAGUGGGAAACCUUGCAAAGAUGGAGCAGUCUUGAGUUUAUCCAUUCAAUACAUUCCUUUUGAUAAGGUGGCUCUUUAUGGUCAUGGUAUAGGGACAGGUCCUAGCUAUGAGGGGGUUCCAGGUACGUACUUUCCCCUUAGGAAUGGGGGUCGAGUUAGACUUUAUCAAGAUGCUCAUGUUCAUGGAGGUUCCCUUCUUCCUAAUUUGAAGAUCGAAGGUGGUGUGAAUUAUGAGCAUGGCAAUUGCUGGCAUGACAUCUUUGAUGCAAUAAGUCAGGCCCAACGAUUAGUAUACAUUGUGGGGUGGUCUGUAUACUACAAUGUUAGACUGGUUCGAGAUACUGAUGAUGCUAAAGCUUGUACAUUAGGUGAUCUUCUCAAAAUCAAAUCCCAAGAAGGUGCGAGAGUUCUGCUACUUGUGUGGGACGAUCCUACUUCUAGAAGCAUGCUUGGUGGAUAUAAAACGGACUAUGCAGUGAUCAGGGCAAGGGAAGUGAGUCUGGACUAGCUUGAGUUGUUGAAGCCAUGUGACUUCAGAGAUUGUGUAAUGAACUAAGAAACUUGUGUAUAUAUAUGUAAAAGAGUUG